ACAUGACACAACCAAACAUACUGGAUAUAGUUUAGUUCCGGUGAAACUUAAUGGUGAAGAUGUGAGCUUUGUAACCCACGGAAAACGUCCCAGUCAUGCCAAUUCAUUUUUUUUUAGGCUUUUGGAUCCAUUUCUACAAUAUCCGAUACCAAUCCGUUUCCGCGAGAAACAGAGUAUAAAAGUAAUUCUCCUUCAACAAAUGGUCGGGGGACUUUUGAAAUGAAAUCGACGGUGUCUUGGUUGUCAUACUCAGUCCUAUUGGCAGGGUUUUCAACCCUUGCGCUGGAAAUGAUCUCAGGACCUCAAUGCGGACAAGUCACAUGUCCACCGGGUUUUACCUGCGAGAUUGAAGAUGUUCUUCUUCUCCCAACGGACCCAAAGUCUGGUUCUGAAGUCAUCGACCUUGAGGUAGUUGCUAAGCUCUGCUGCCCAACGAAACCACCGAAUAGGAAUACAUGCUUACCCUGCAUGCUCAUCAACAUCCAGCUCAACAGCAGUGACAAUGGGGAGAGUGGAUACGAAGAAAACUUUGGUGUUCGGGAUGAUAAUGAAGAUGAUGACGCGAACGUGGUGGUGUGCUUUAACAGUCCAGAAGCCGUAAUACCGUGUAAAAAAAUCAACUUCAAAGUAACACCAAGGACUGCACCGGAGCAGGCUCAGCUGUCACUGGUGCUGUGCGAACCGAAGAUGGUUCAAUUCGGCAGUGAAGUGAGCGUGACGGCGGGCUCCGAGCUCCGCACGGUGGAAGUACCUUCCGUCGACAAAGUGUGUUCCACAGAACUUCAGGAACGUGUAGAGGCUUGUAAUGCCCCCAACUUUAGCGUUAAAACAGACCAGGUGAGGGACGUUGUCAAUCUGGGGGUUAAAGGCAAGAAUACGAGCGCCUUCCCAUUAAUGAUGUGCCUACAGCAUGAGAUAAGCGGAAUUUGCAAGGAGUGGAAAGAGAAGACCAUUCCACUGCACUCUGUCACCCCUUGUAUGUGUAUUCAGAUGUGGUGGGAGAAAGAAAAUCAAAGAUCACACCGACAUAGACGUUGUCCCUUCAGGAACAACACAGAACGCUUUCAACGUAACGUAUGGGAUAACGUGUCAGUGUCCGUGGCCCGAGGCGAGAUGAACAGUGGCGCUAGCAUGCUCUCCUGGAACGUGUCGGCACCCUGCAGGCUGGAGGCGGAAGUGUGGCCGUGUCAGAGGGGCGCAGGAGCGGGCGGAUGCAGGGAGCAGAGCAACUCCAGGCAGAAUCUGGUGGACGGCCCAUGGAUGGAAAAACGCACAGGAUUCUGGCAGGUGCAGGGAGCGUUUGAACACGUAGAGCCUAGUGCGGACCUGUGUAUGAUGGUAAAAAUACAAGGAAUGGACCAAAAUAUCCUAUCCUGUCCUAAUGCAGAGACCAGUAGGUGGCGGAUGAGUCUAUUGGUUCUGGUUACUGUGCUGCUAAUCGGCAUAGCUGUUCUCGGAGUGUGUUUCCUACACAGCACAGUGAAACGAUGGGCAUGGAAAGGCCUGCAUAAGGAAUGGAGAGCUGGUAGGAAGGGACACAUGGUGCUGCUGAGCCCCCCAGAUGCAGAAGGGGCCGUGUCCGAGCAGGUCUGUGAGCUGGGAUCCCUCCUUGUUGCCCAGGGCUUCAGGGUAUCUGUGGAUCUGUGGAGUCGAGCCCAGCUGGGGUCUCUCGGGCCCCUGCCCUGGCUGCACUCCCAGCUGCACCUCCUGGACACCCAGGGGGGCCGGGUCCUGGUGGUCUUGAACCGCUCUGCCUGGGAGAAGGCCCAGCAGUGGGGUCUGGACCCUCUACGACAGGGACUCAUCGCCCAGGGAGAGGACCCUCAGGCUGGGGGAAGGGGAGAUAUGGACAGGGACCACUCCGGUGUCCAGGGCUCGUCCCCAUACAAGGACGUCUUCUCUGCCUGUUUGAGCUGCAUCCAGGCGGACCACCAGCGGGGUGGUGCAGGAGAGCGUUUCACCUUGGUGACCUUUGAAUCACACCCUGCCCGGCCCUCCACAGGGAGCCAGCGGGGUCUCCCAGAGCUGCUCCAGGGGCUGCCUUGGUUCCACCUGCCCUCCCAGAGACAGGGGCUGCUGUCGGCCCUGUCUGGGGGCAGGCGAGAGGUGAGCUGGAGGUGGACUGAGGGGCUGAAGGGAGGACUGUCUUCUGUCUGGCCUACAGGGCUUUAGGAGCCAUAGAGCUGGGAAGCUCAGUGGGUUUUUACUGAUCUUGGGGAAAAGCUGUUUCUGUUAAGGCUCAGCCAAUACCUUGAACUCAUCCUGCCUUUCUGCACUGAUUAUGUCACACUAUGUAUAAACAUGAACUCCAUUCUUUAUAUUUUGCAGUUUGUUGUGCUACCAAGUUUGCUGCAAGUUUUAAUUUGAUUUGAAGUGAGACUAUUUUUAUACACUCUGACGUCUAAGAUUAAAGAGCCCUUUGUACAUGUAGAUGAACCUUAAGGGGGGAAAGCACUUUAUUUGAGGUCUCUAAGAAAACCUAUUAAAGCUGAUUCGAUUUGAUGUUCCAAAUUGCACCUUAAAGAGCUGAAAAUAGUUUAGUUUAGAACUGUAGGAUUCUACAAUGUGUAGAUACUUCUUCAAAAUGUUAUGUUGUUUUAGUAGCACGCAUGUUUUUUGGUGUGAAUAACUUUCAUGCUACCUGUUUAUAUUGUAUAUUGUUUUUUUUUGCAUGUGACACGAUAUCAGUGUGAAACAAAGAUACCAUGUCCCUCUCUUGUAAAGCUAUAAAUAAAUGUUCUUGUCCA